AUCGUGCCGGAAGCAUCAGUACUCUUGAUUCCUUGGAUUUUGCAAGAUACUCUGAUGAUGGCAAUAGGGAAACAGAUGAAAGAGUAGCAGUCCUGGAGUUUGAACUACGGAAAGCCAAGGAGACCAUACAGGCCCUCCGAGCCAACCUGACUCAGGCUGCAGAAAAUGAAGUUCCUUUGCAGGAACGAAAAAAUUAUAAAUCAAGUCCUGAAAUUCAGGAGCCAAUCAGACCUCUUGAGAAAAGAGCUCUAAACUUCCUAGUUAAUGAAUUUUUAUUGAAGAAUAGUUACAAGCUUACGUCAAUAACGUUUUCAGAUGAAAAUCAUGAUCAGGAUUUUGAACUUUGGGAUGAUGUAGGAUUGAACAUUCCAAAGCCUCCUGACCUGUUGCAACUUUAUCGUGACUUUGGAAACCAUCACGUUACUGCGAGAGAUGUGGUGGAUGUAUCAGUUGGUGUAGAAGAUGAUGAGCUAGAGGCUGCUACUCCUAUACUUGGGAGCGUCCCUGUAUUUGAAACGGCACCACAGUCAAUAGAACAAUGUUUAAUAGUGCAAAAAUUAGAAGAUCAAAUUAGUGUGUUAAACAGUGAGAAAUGGUCUUUGAUGGAGCAAAUCCAAAGACUUGAGAGUGAAAUAGAUUUUCUCAAGAAUGAAAACUUUGCGGUGUCAACAGUUUAUGGUGUAGCUCCCCAUCCUCCUUUAAAACAAGUGCCUCUCUCAGUCUCAGAGGACAAUGGACGGUACUUGGAUAUCAAGAGCUCUGAGAAUGACAGUAAACCUGGAACCGCUGAGGAAACAAGCUUUUCUUCAUCAGCUGAAGUGGAUUCAAGGACUAAGGAUGAUACACUAAACUCUGUGCCCUGUAAAGAAACAAAGAAACUGUCCUCUAGUGCUCAGUCAACUAACGCCGUAGUCCACUUUGAUAAACCUAAUAGGAAGUUGUCACCAGCUUUCCAUCAAGCACUACUGUCUUUCUGUCGGAUGUCUGCAGACAGCCGUUUGGGAUCAGAGGUAUCUCGGAUUGCAGACAGUGAAAAAAGUGUCAUGUUAAUGUUGGGACGCUGCCUGCCUCAUAUUGUUCCUAAUGUGCUGCUUGCAAAGCGAGAGGAAUUGAUCCCACUCAUACUGUGUACAGCCUGCCUCCACCCUGAGCCCAAAGAGAGAGAUCAGCUUCUACACAUACUGUUCAAUUUGAUCAAACGACCAGAUGAUGAACAAAGACAGAUGAUACUGACUGGGUGUGUGGCAUUUGCCCGACACGUUGGACCAACACGUGUAGAAGCUGAGCUCCUACCACAGUGUUGGGAACAGAUCAACCACAAAUACCCAGAGAGACGGCUGCUGGUAGCAGAGUCCUGUGGAGCUCUAGCACCUUACCUUCCAAAAGAAAUUCGUAGUUCACUAGUACUUUCCAUGCUGCAGCAAAUGCUAAUGGAAGAUAAGGCAGAUCUGGUACGAGAAGCUGUGAUCAAAAGCCUUGGCAUCAUUAUGGGAUAUAUUGAUGAUUCAGACAAAUAUCAACAGGGCUUUGAACUGCUGCUUUCAGCUUUAGGAGACCCUUCAGAACGUGUAGUUAGUGCAACACAUCAGGUAUUUUUACCUGCUUAUGCUGCCUGGACAACAGAACUGGGAAAUUUACAGUUCCAUCUCAUACCUACGCUGCUUAAUAAAAUUGAAAAACUGCUCAGGGAAGGAGAACAUGGCUUGGAUGAACAUAAGCUCCACAUGUAUCUGUCUGCUCUACAGUCAUUGAUUCCUUCACUGUUUGCACUGGUGCUACAGAAUGCGCCUUUCACAAGCAAGGCUAAACUUCAGGGAGAAGUACCACAAAUAGAAGUCACUAGAUUUCCCCGACCCAUAUCACCUCUUCAGGAUGUGGCCAUCAUCAUUGGAAGCCGUGAACAACUGGCAGUGUUGCUGCAGCUCUAUGACUAUCAGCUAGAACAUGAGGGGACUACAGGCUGGGAGACUCUCCUAUGGGUAGUCAAUCAACUGCUACCACAACUUAUAGAAAUAGUUGGCAAGAUCAAUGUAGCAUCAACUGCCUGUGUACAUGAGUUCUCUAGAUUUUUCUGGAGACUUUGUAGGACAUUUGGGAAAAUUUUUACAAAUGCUAAGGUAAAACCACAGUUCCAGGAAAUCUUAAGACUAUCUGAGGAAAACAUAGAUUCCACAGCAGGUAAUGGAGUGUUAACAAAAGCCACGGUUCCCAUCUAUGCAACAGGGGUCCUUACAUGUUAUAUUCAG